UCGAUCCAGACAGCCAUGGCAUGGAGGACAAAGAAUAUGGUAUUUGAUGGAGAAAAAAGCAGGAAAUAACAGAGAAAAUACACAGGCAAAACAUCCACGGCAGUCAAGCCGACUGAAGGUAGUGGUUCGAUAUUUACCGAGUAGUCUUUCAGAGGAGGAGUUUAAGAACUCUAUAAAAGAGUGUAUUUCGGAGGAAAUUGAAUGGUUUACGUUUUUACCAGGGAAAAUAUCAACAAACCGUAGCAAAAAUGAUAGAUAUGGAAGAGCGUAUAUCAAGUUUAAAUCGCUAGAAACGCUGAUUGGCUUUUAUAAAAGCAUUAAUAGACAUGUAUUUUCAGAAGAGAAGAAUAAGGAGCAAAAGGUGCUUGUUGAAUUUGCGCCGUUUCAGAAGAUUCCUCGGUUAGAAAAACAGAAACAUGAUGUUAGACAAGGGACGAUUGAUGAAGACCCAGAAUAUAUAGAAUUUCAAGAAACAUUGAAAAAUCCAAAUAAAGAAUCACAAGAACAAAAUAAACAAGAGGAUGAUGAUACAGUUCCUAUUAAUGCAAUUACACCAUUAAUUGUACAUUUAAGAAUGCAAAAAAAGGCAGCAGCUUUAAAAUCGAAACAACGUAAAAAAUAUGCAUUAGAAAAGAAGGCAUCAGCACAAAUAAAAGCUGAUUCGAUAACAGCACAAAUCAAGUCACAUGGAGGAUAUGGUUCUAUAAAAAAAUAUAACAAGAAUAAAUUUCAAAAAGAACCAAAUAAUUCAGAUGCAAGGAAAGAAAGUUCUAUGCGACCAGACGAGCUUUUUCCAAAGCAUUCUAAUCCUCAUAAAAGAACUCAUAAAAAUACAGCAAAAAAAGAAUCGCCAGCUACUAUGAAUACUAUUAAAAUUCUUAAGCCAUCAAAUCGAGAAAAAGAUUCUAAUUCAGAUAUAUUUAACAGAGAAAAGACGUAUGAUUCUUUAAAAAUACCAAAAAAAAAAGACACUACAACUAAUUCUACAAAUAAAAGCGAAAAUGAACCCAAAAAAAAUACCAGAAAAUAUCAUGAUUGUACAGCACAAUCCACACAAAAAGAGCCGAAAAGCAACACAGAAUCAUAUAAUAAGUCAAACACACCCUUUCGUAAGAAAGAACGCGAUCAUCAUUCAGCGAGAAGCUUUAAGAAUAAAAAUGUUCAAGAAUAAAAUCAAUUAUAAUGUUUUUAAUAUAACUAUCAGAUGGAACAAUUU